CGUUUUUUAAACAAAGACACCCUCCCAUACGGUAGGGGGCGAAAGGAUUUGCAGUCUGUAUUUAAAAUUAGGUUUGUUGGGUCAGCAAUUCUUCCGGCAUACGUGAAAAUACCGAACGGCGAAGAAUAUUGAAAAUCUUCGAAAAUGGGCUUCGUCAAAGUAAUCAAGAACAAGGCCUACUUUAAGAGGUACCAAGUUAAAUUCAGGAGAAGGAGAGAGGGGAAGACUGACUACUUUGCUCGGAAGCGCCUGGUCAUUCAAGAUAAGAAUAAGUACAACACGCCCAAGUACCGCAUUAUUGUGAGGUUCUCCAAUAGAGACAUCUGCUGUCAGAUUGCCUAUGCGAAGAUCGAAGGUGACCAUAUUGUGUGUGCGGCCUACUCACAUGAGCUGCCUAAGUAUGGCAUUACUGUGGGCCUUACCAACUAUGCAGCAGCCUACUGCACAGGCCUACUACUGGCUCGCAGGUUGCUGAACAAGUUUGGGCUGGACCAGGUGUACGAGGGCCAGGUGGAGGUGACGGGAGAUGAGUUCAAUGUGGAGAGUGUCGACGGGAAGCCCGGGGCCUUCACCUGCUACCUGGACGCCGGCCUCGCCAGAACCUCAACAGGAAACAAAGUGUUUGGAGCUCUUAAGGGUGCGGUCGACGGCGGCCUGGCCAUUCCUCACAGCCUAAAACGCUUCCCAGGUUAUGAUGCAGAGAGCAAAGAGUUCAAUGCAGAGUUGCACCGAAAACACAUCAUGGGCAUGAACGUGUCGGAUUACAUGAGCUACUUAAUGGAGGAGGACGAGGAGGCCUACAAGAAACAGUUUUCACGCUUCAUAAAGAAUGGAGUCACGCCAGACACAGUUGAGGAAAUGUACAAGAAAGCACACGCCGCGAUCAGAGAGAACCCCGUCCACGACAAGAAACCCCAAAAAGACGUCAAAAAGAAGAGGUGGAACCGUGCCAAGCUCUCCCUGGCACAGAGGAAGGACCGUGUCGCCCAGAAGAAAGCCAGCUAUUUACGAGCGCAAGAACAAGAGGCUGCGGAUGGCUAGCGGUGUUUCUCCCAGCACCAGUCCCCCUCCACAGACACUGCUACACAUUGGUCAAAUACAUUUAUUGCAAUGCCUUAAA